UAUUUUUAUUAGUAACUAAAAUAUAAAUAGGUAAUACUUAUGUUCGUUGUUUUCUGUACAGGUGAAAAAAUAUAGAUAAAACACAUAUUUACAGAUGAGUUUUUUUAGAAUAAUUGCAUACACAUUAUUGAGUAUUGAUUUAAUACACUGCCCUUUUUCAUUUGUCGGCUACCUAAGUGAAAUCUACAACUAAGACAUAUGUGAAUAACACCUAACUUCAGUUUAUUUUUAAUUAACGAAACCAGCAAUGGAUAUAGAUUCUGAAAGUACUGUAACAUCUUUGGAAGAUAAUACGGAAAAUUUUUGUGAUAAUCCUACACGAGAUACCCUCGCUGAGGGUUUAAUGGGACUUAUAAAACCUACAGUAGAUCAAUUAGAUGAAAGAGUUCGUGCAACAAGGAUCUCUCAAUUGGAACUCAAACAAUGCAUUGAAAGUCUCAGUGAAGAAUUGAAGUCAAUUUCAGAAACUCAACAAAAUACUGUGGACUUGGAUAUUUACGUUAAAAAACUUGUUAAUGCGAAACAAAGAGUGAUAGUAUUGACGAAUAUUCUGCAAAGUACACAGGAAAGAUUAACUAAAGUGCAUAAUAACUUGGAUAAAGAGAUUUUGAAGAGAAAGGCGGCUGUAGAAAAUAUUGAAGAACCACAAAAUAGUGUAUCAAGUUAAUAUGAGCCUUCAUACACCAAUUUAUAAUUUAGAUCAAUUUCCUGAUGUGUACAUUCCAAGUGAGGACACAUUUUUGUUUUUAGAUGCAAUUGAAUCUGACUAUUUAUAUCUAAAAAAUUUGCAACCUAGCAUUGCAGUUGAGAUAGGCUCAGGUAGUGGAGUCAUUAUCAGUGCAUUACACCAACUAUUUCAAAAAUCUUGCUCAUAUUUUGCAACUGAUAUAAAUAAACAAUGUUGUUUAGCUUCUAAAUUAACAAGUACAUUAAAUAAUACACAUGUGGAAUGUAUCACAAUGAACCUUUUACAUAAUUUUCGGAAAAAUAUGUUUGAUGUGAUAUUAUUCAAUCCUCCCUAUGUAGUUACAGAACCAUGUGAAUUAUCUGGGAAAGGUCUGAACCGUUCCUGGGCAGGAGGGUAUAAUGGUACAGAAAUUACAAAUGAAUUACUACAAGCUUUACCUGACCUACUGUCUGAAAAAGGUGCUUGCUACAUUGUUUUGUUAAAGGAGAAUAAACCAUUAGAAAUAGUGAAAUAUAUGGAUGUUUUGGGCUUUAAAAGCCAAAUGGUUAUGCAGAGAAAAAUACCAGGAGAACAUUUAUUUGUUUAUAAAUUCUGUAGAAUAGAUUUUUAAAUUAACCUUUCAGAUGGAACAUUUUUUUUCACAGAUAUGGGAAUUUAGCUUCUUUUUCAUGCAUUUAUUUACCCCAUUUUAUUUUUUUUUAUUAGCACCUAAGGCACUUAUAGAUAUAUAGAUAAUUAAUAAAACAAUAAGAGAAUCUUUUAAUCAUAAAA